AUGGAAAAUAAACUCCUCCAACCACUUCUACCUCAUUUCAACCAUUCCUCUCAUGAAAUCAACCAACACACAAAUAACAACACAAACAACAACAUCAUUCGCAGAAUCCUCUUUUUUCUCUUUGUAGCAUUAAUAUCAAUAUGGGCAAACUAUGAAGCAUCAAAGACUUUUGACAUAUACAUAGUAAACGACACCAAAGACUCUCUUGCCGGACAUCGUUUCACUCUUUUCUACAUCUCAAACGACAAAGCCGCACGUAUAGUUCUCAACACAAGCUCCGUCGUAGAAAAAAUUCUUUACCCUAAUAGCAACCAUGAUAAUGUCAAGAAUAAAAAGAAUAUAAAGACUGUCACUCUUCGCCUAGUUCGUCGAAAUCUCAAUACAACCACCAGAAUCACCACCGCCGUCGGAGAGAAUAAUAAUAAAAACUAUGUGAUUGAGAUUAGUUCUAUGUUACUUGAAGAUGAGAGUUUCAACGAAAUGGUGAUAGUGGGUGAAAUUCAACGUGCCAUGGCUAGAAUUUGGCUAUGGGAUGGAAGAUCUAGGGCUCCACCUAGGCUUCUCAAUGGUAUGGCGGAGUAUGUCGCGGAGUUAGCCGGAUUCCGUCGUGAGUGGCUUUUCCGUGGAGAUGGAGAGUUGCCGGAAUGUGAAGUUGGUCGUGGUUUAUGGUGGGAGGAUAAGGAUCCUACGCAUGUUGCACGUUUGUUGAAUUAUUGUGAAAACUAUGAGAAGGGGUUUAUCCAACGGUUGAACGAAGCUUUGAUAGACACGUGGCACGAUCGUGUGGUGGACGAUUUGUUGGGAUUGAAUGACAACAAGCUAUGUGGAUUGUAUAAUGCUUCUUAUCUAUAG